UUUUUUAGUAGUAGUAUAUUUCAAUAAAAUAGAAAUUAACAUAAUAAUAAAUUAAUUUAACAACGUUUAAAUAAAGUUAAAAAUGACUCGAAGUUUAUUAUUUUAUUUUAUCGUGUUUAUUGUGUGUCUAACUGACGUUUACCAAGCUAAGAUAGCACAUGACAAAGAAUUUUAUGUUACUCUUUCGCCAGUCGAUUAUGAUUUGGCUAAUGCCUCAAAAACCGAUGUUUUUUAUCGGCUAUUUGUGAAUAAAACAGACCAAGGAACAUAUUUAACAGACGACAAUUUAGAUAACAUAACACUUAAUACUGAACUGCCCACGAUUUUGUUGGUUCAUGGUUGGACCUCCGAUGACACUACGCCAUGGUUUGCUCCAUUAAAAGAAGCCCUUUUUAAUAAAGGAUCAUAUAAUGUUCUGUACGUUAAUUGGAACAAAGCUGGAAACUUAACUUAUGAUGAAUCUUGUGCCAACAUAAAACCAGUUGGUUUGUACAUUGCAGAAUUCUUGAUCAAAUCCAAAAUUCCACCUGAAAAUAUUCAUUUAAUUGGACAUUCGUUGGGUUCACAGUUGACAUCUUGGAUUGGAAAGCAUUAUUUCACACUGACAUCAAACAAAAUCGGUAGGAUAUCCGCUUUGGAUCCAGCAGGUCCAAAAUUUCAAAAUCCUUUGAUGACUCCUGAUCUCAGACUGUGUGAAACUGAUGCAGAAUUUGUUGAUGUUAUCCAUACUGACGUGCAGUGGUAUGGAUAUACAUUACCUAUCGGAGACGUGGAUUUUUAUCCUAAUAAUGGGGGAAUGCAACCUGGCUGUCCUAGUCGACUUAUAGAUGAUAAUUGUAGCCAUGCCAGAUCAACCUUGUAUUUCAUAGAAUCUGUGCUAACUGAAGUUGUGGCAAAAGAAUGUAAUGUUACAGUGUGUGGACUUGAAGUGGAUGUCGAAGAAAUUGCGGAAGGUCAAAAAGCAUUAUUCGGAAUGAAUGUCGAUCUGAAAUCUAGAGGUUCAUUUGCUUACACCUGCAACUCUGAAAGUCCAUUUUUAGUUAAAGAUAUAUCUGUAAACUACCAAAAAAUAUAAAAAUUAUUAAUAAA